UCCCGGGGAGCCUGUGGGACGGGACGGCGUGGGCAGCCCAGCCCACCCCACCCCGGGCUUUCCUCUCGGUGACCUUGGGCUGAGUUCCCUGUGCUUGCUUGGAGAGCUGUUGAUUUACAAUGCAGAUUCAUCAGUCCUCGCCUGCCUGCCCCUGCCCCUCCUAAAUUUGGCUGCAAUAUAAGAGGCUGUUUGCUUCCUGAUGCCAACAGUGGCAAUGGCAGAGAGCCCUGCCAUGUGAGAGGCAGAGAUAGAGGAGAGGGGGCCAAGGAGGAGCAGACUGUGCAGCUGCUGUUGCUUCUGGUGGCUGAAGAACACAUCUGCAGGACAGAAUGUCAAUGCUUACGCCUGUCCUGCAGCCACCGGAGGUGAAGGAGUAUUUGUCCAAGGGUGAGCGCUUCAUCAAAUGGGAUGAUGAGACAGCAAGUGCUUCUCCUGUGAUUCUUCGGGUGGAUCCAAAGGGCUUUUACUUAUACUGGACCCAUCAGAAUAAGGAAAUGGAGAUUUUGGAUAUAACCAGCAUCCGAGAUACCCGAGUAGGGCGAUUUGCCAAGAUCCCCAAGUGCCAGAAGCUCCGAGAGGUUUUUAACUUGGAUUACCCUCACAGCACCUUCCUGCUUAAGACUCUGACUAUUGUAUCUGGCCCUGACAUGGUUGACCUCACUUUCCAUAACUUUGUGUCCUACAAGGAGAACGUUGGCAAGAGCUGGGCUGAGGACAUCAUGGCCAUCGUUCGGAACCCCCUCACGUACAACGCCUCUCGGUACACCUUCCUGGAGAAAAUCCUGGUGAAGCUGAAGAUGCAGCUUAACGCAGAAGGGAAGAUUCCUGUCAGGAAUAUUUUUCAGAUGUUUCCUGCAGACAGAAAGAGGGUGGAAGCAGCAUUAAGUGCUUGUCAUCUUCCCAAGGGCAAGAAUGAUGCCAUCAACCCAGAGGACUUCCCUGAGACCGUGUAUAAAACUUUCCUCAUGAAUCUGUGUCCACGGCCUGAGAUUGAUGAGAUCUUUACCUCACACCACUUGAAAGCAAAGCCCUACAUGACCAAAGAGCACCUGGCAAAGUUCAUCAACAAGAAGCAGCGAGACUCUCGCCUCAAUGACAUCCUCUUCCCACCAGCCAAACCUGAGCAGGUGCAGAGCCUGAUAGAGAAGUAUGAGCCCAGUGGGAUUAACAUCCAGAGAGGGCAGUUGUCUCCAGAGGGGAUGGUCUGGUUUCUCUGUGGCCCUGAGAACAAUGUGAUAGCACUGGACAAACUGGGGCUGUACCAGGACAUGACCCAGCCGCUCUCACACUACUUCAUCAAUUCCUCACACAACACCUAUCUAACAGCUGGUCAGUUCUCUGGGAUCUCCUCUCCGGAGAUGUACCGACAGGCACUGCUGGCUGGCUGCCGCUGCGUGGAGCUGGACUGCUGGAAGGGCCGGCCCCCGGAGGAGGAGCCCAUCAUCACUCACGGCUUCACCAUGACCACUGAGAUCCUCUUCAAGGAUGCCAUUGAGGCCAUUGCAGAAAGUGCUUUCAAAACAUCUCUCUACCCUGUCAUCCUGUCCUUUGAGAACCACGUGGACUCGCCCAAGCAGCAGGCGAAGAUGGCUGAGUACUGCAGGACCAUCUUUGGAGACAUGCUGCUGACAGAGCCACUGGAAAAAUACCCCCUGAAGCCAGGAGUUCCUCUGCCAAGUCCUAAGGAUCUUUUAGGGAAAAUCUUGAUCAAGAACAAAAAGAAUGAAUCUAUAUCUGGGAAGAGGCAGAACUCUUUGAAGAAAGGGAGGAAUGUGGAACCAGAAAUCACUGAGCAGCCAACCCCUCUGGAUACUGAAGAUACUGUCUGGGCAGGUGAUGUGGCUGAAGAGGAACCAGAGGAAGAGGAUGAACAUCUCAGAACCCUGGAUGAAGAGGAAAUUAAAAAGAUGCAGUCAGAUGAGGGCACUGCUGGUUUGGAGGUGACAGCGUACGAGGAGAUGUCCAGCCUCGUUAAUUACAUCCAGCCUAUCAAAUUUGACUCCUUUGAAGUCUCUGCCCAGAAGAACCGGAGUUAUGUCAUCUCCUCCUUCACCGAGCUGAAGGCUUAUGACCUGCUCACCAAGUUCCCUGUGCAGUUUGUGGAAUAUAACAAGCGCCAGAUGAGCCGGAUCUACCCCAAAGGCACCCGGAUGGACUCCUCCAACUACCUGCCCCAGAUGUUCUGGAACGUUGGCUGCCAGAUGGUGGCACUCAACUUCCAGACCAUGGAUGUCCCCAUGCAGCAGAACAUGGCUCUGUUUGAGUUCAAUGGGCAGUGUGGCUAUCUGCUCAAGCACGAGUUCAUGAGGCGCCCAGACAAGCAGUUUGACCCCUUCUCUGUGGACCGGAUCGACGUGGUGGUGGCCAGUACCCUGUCUGUCACGAUACUCUCUGGUCAGUUCCUCUCAGAUCGCAGUGUGAAGACUUAUGUGGAAGUGGAGCUGUUUGGGUUGCCAAGGGACACAAAACGCAAAUACAGAACCAAACUGACCUCCACUGCUAACUCCAUUAACCCUGUAUGGAAAGAGGAGGCUUUUGUUUUUGAAAAGAUCAUGAUGCCUGAGCUGGCAUCCCUCAAAAUUGUGGCCUGGGAGGAAGGAGGGAAGUUCAUUGGUCACCGUGUCAUUCCUGUUAUUGCAGUGCAUGCAGGCUACCACCACAUCUGUCUCCGCAGCGAGAGCAACAUGCCUCUCACCAUGCCUGCUCUCUUUGUGUACUUGGAAAUCAAGGACUAUGUUCCUGACGCGUGGGCAGACCUGACUAUUGCUCUCUCCAACCCCAUCAAGUUCUUCAGCCUGCAGGACAAGAGAUCAGUCAAGCUCAAAGAUGGCUCAGUGGAGAGGCCUGGCACCCAGAACUCCCUGUCUGCUGAAACUAACGGGAUACCAGACUCCACUAGGAAGUUCAGCACUCCCCUUUCCAAUGGGCCUGCAGGAGCAGCAGCUUUUGCCAAGGAAGAAAAUGUUAUGGAAGUGACUCAGAUUGCAGAGCCUCAGACAGCCAGCCUUGAAGAACUGCAGCAGAUGAAGCUCUUCUUGAAGCUGCUGAAGAAGCAGGAGAAGGAACUGAGGGAGCUGGAGCGGAAAGGAAGUAAACGGAGGGAGGAGAUGCUGCAGAAAUACUCUGUGCUCUGUAUAGAGCCUGUCUGCUCUGGAGGCAAGAAAAGGAUGAUGCACAACAGGAAAACCCAGAAGAGGCGUUUGACAACAGGUGACCUUGGUACGUGUGCACAUCCUGUAGAAAUGUCAGAAAGCCUUGACAGCCGCCUUGUGGAGCUGAGGGAGAGGCUGGAGCUGGAGCUCACCCACCUGGGGAGAGAACACCACGAGGGGAUUCGAAGGAAGAAAGAGCAGCAUGCCACGGAGCAAGUUACCAAGAUACUGGAGCUGGCCAGAGAGAAGCAGGCAGCUGAGCUGAAGGCACUGAAGGAGUCAUCAGAAAGCAAUAUUAAGGACCUUAAGAAGAAGCUGGAGGCAAAACGAGUGGAGCGGAUCCAGGCCAUGAUGAGGAACACCAGUGACAAGGCUGCUCAGGAGAGGUUGAAGAAAGAAAUUAAUAACUCUCACAUCCAGGAGGUGGUGCAAACAGUCAAACUGGUGACAGGAAAGACAGCCAGGUGUCAGCAGAAACUGGAAGAGAAGCAGGCAGAGAAUCUGAGGACUAUCAAGGAGAAGGAAAUCCAGCUCCAGCAGGAGGCACAGGCAGAGUAUGAGGAGAAACUAAAAAGUCUGCAUAUGGAGGUGCAGGAGAUGCUGAAGAACUACACAAAAGCAGGUGCUCCUGGAGAGCCAGAGACUCAACAGCAUGUUCCUGAGGGAGAACAAGGCUCUACAGGACAACUGGAAGGAAAAAUGCCAGUGGCAGAGGUGUCAGGGCUUCCCGUGGCCAUGCCUGAGCACCCAGGAACUGGAACUGAAGUUGAGAUUGAAGAAAGCAUCCUGUGAGAUGCUCACCUGGCUGUGAGAGAUGCUCACCUGCUGUUCCACUGCAGGAAGGUUUAUGGAGGUAUAUGGAACUUAAAAGACCAGCUUGACAAACUACUCUCCCUUUUGACUCUGGAGAAUUCCUGAAAUCCUUCAGGAAUGUACUGCUUCCUUAUCCUAGCUCCUGGAAGUGGUCUGAAGAGUUCACCCUUCAGACAGUGCUUCCCUCUGUCUUCCACAGCCUGGGCACUAAGGUGUUUUAGUAGCAUGGAAGGGCCUGUAGGUGAAGACCAGGAAGUUGCUGUUGGCCCCUCACAGCAGCAGUUGUGGCUCAGUCUGUAUUCAGACUUCAGUUUUUAGAGUAAGUUCCCUCACCAUCCAUCACAUUAUCCCUCCACAUCAGAGGUAAAGCCCUUGUACCAAAAUUUAACAGAAACACUCUUCAGAGACCCCUAAUAUGCUCCAACCACCUGAGCACUAGUCCAGGAUAAACCCCCCUGAACACAUCUAAGUGUAGGUGGUGGGUGCUGAGCAGAACCUCUUGUCCUCUCAUGCACCAUGUCCCCUUGGAACACCACCUGCUCAUGUGGCCACAGGUUCCAAUAUCUCGGUCUUAUCUUGCAGCAGAAAAGGGGUAGGUUCCUCUCUGCUUUCUUUCACAUACACGCACACUUUCUCUCACCUGUUUUAUGACCUUGUGCACUGAACAUCUGUGACACACCAAAUGCUCCCUCAUCCAGCAGGAAGGAACUGGAAACCUACAGGCCAACUCCUUCCUAGCACACGUUUUAAGACAGACUUUGCUUACGGAGCCUAAAAAUAAUCAGGAAAUAGCAAUAAUUAAGUCCAGAGCAGCUACAGCCUGGGCUUCCUCCUGCAGGGCCUGAAAUGUAACAUGAGCCCAAGAGUUGGGAGUUUGACCUGCCCAAGUACAGCUGCAGCAGGUGACAGGGACCCUGUGACACUGGGCACUUGUCACCAGAUGUCCCAAGGGGAGGUGGGUGGGGACACUUACCUGACACCCCCACAAAAAAGAGUGAGCCCUCUCCAGUCAUACAUCUGUAAAUAGCAACACUUCAUUAAAGGAGGUGGAAGAUCCAUGUGUGGAUACAAAAGGAAAUGGGAACUGCAACUAUUUUAUUACAAGUGCUGUUUCUAGAGAUGAAACACUAGGUCAUAUCUUCCAAAAUGUUGAAGGAAACAACAAAUCAACCCAAAACACUGCUAAAAAGAAAAGGGGAGGAGGAACAGGAGCCCCAGAUCUCAACCUGCAACUGAGCAGAGCCGUGAUUACAAGUCUUGGCACCCACAGCCCAGAGAACCUUGCACUGAUGAAAUCCUUGGGUGUCUUUAUUUGGCCAUUCACGCCCCUACUGCCACCUUGUAGAGCCACAGAGGGUCUUCCAACCCAGACACAGGAGAGAAACUGCUGAGAUCGGGCUCUAAAAAAAGGUUACUCUCAAAUUUUUGCCCUUAACUGGAGACCAUACCGGAAGGGAUGUGCUCCUCACUGGAGCAACACCCCCUCUCCUUAUACUUUAAGUACCAGGCUGCAGUGUAGUUACUCCAGUCCCCACUCACCUCAACUUUUUCCUCAGGUUUCUGUCUUAUCUGGCCAAGUGAGCUCAGUGGUGGCAAGUCCACAGUGGUUGGUACAUGAGAACAGUUACACCUGGAAGCUGCCUUGACAAAUGCAUUGACAAGCACACGCUCAAGUGCUGCUAAAAACCACAAAAAAACCCACAAAGCCCCCCCAAAAAACCCAAACCACCAACAACCAGCUCAAGUAGGUGUAAGAGACAAGAUGGUCCAAGCCUGGCUGGGCAUCCAAGAAGAGAUUAGACCUCCCUGUGAUGUUCACAUAAUACUGGACUUACAUAUUGUACAUUUCUGACUUAUUUAUUAAAAAAAAAAUAAAACUUUGCAUUUCUUAA